AUGAACUGCAUCUCAGAUUUCUUCACCUACGAGACCACCAAGUCGGUGGUUGUGAAGAGCUGGACCAUUGGGAUCAUCAACCGCGCCGUUCAGCUUCUGAUCAUCUCCUACUUCGUGGGGUGGGUUUUCUUGCACGAGAAGGCGUACCAGGUGCGGGACACAGCCAUUGAGUCCUCGGUGAUGACCAAGGUGAAGGGCUUUGGACACUAUGCCAACCGAGUCAUGGACGUGUCUGAUUAUGUGACCCCACCCCAGGGCACCUCCGUCUUUGUCAUAAUCACAAAGAUGAUUGUAACCGAAAACCAGAUGCAAGGAUUCUGCCCAGAGAGCGAGGAGAAGUUUCGCUGUGUGUCAGACAGCCAGUGCGGGCCCGAGCGCUUCCCAGGGGUGGGGAUCCUCACGGGCCGCUGCGUGAACUACAGCUCUGAGCUCCGGACCUGUGAGAUCCAGGGCUGGUGCCCCACCGAGGUGGACACGGUGGAGAUGCCUAUCAUGAUGGAAGCUGAGAACUUCACUAUUUUCAUCAAGAACAGCAUCCGUUUCCCCCUCUUCAACUUUGAGAAGGGAAACCUCCUUCCCAGCCUGACUGCCGCCGACCUGAAGACAUGCCGCUUCCACCCCAACAAGGCCCCCUUCUGCCCCAUCUUGCGGGUGGGAGAUGUGGUCAAGUUCGCGGGGCAGGAUUUUGCCAAAUUGGCCAGCACGGGAGGAGUUCUGGGCAUUAAGAUCGGCUGGGUGUGCGACCUGGACAAGGCUUGGGACCAGUGCAUCCCCAAAUAUUCCUUCACCCGGCUCGACAGCGUUUCUGAGAAGAGCAGCGUCUCCCCAGGCUACAACUUCAGGUUUGCCAAGUACUACAAGACGGAGAACGGCAGUGAGUACCGCACGCUUCUGAAGGCUUUCGGCAUCCGCUUCGAUGUGCUGGUGUAUGGGAAUGCUGGCAAGUUUGACAUCAUUCCCACGAUCAUCAGCUCCGUGGCAGCCUUCACCUCUGUGGGAGUGGGGACUGUCCUCUGCGACAUCAUCCUGCUCAACUUCCUCAAGGGGGCCGACCAGUACAAAGCCAAGAAGUUUGAGGAGGUGAACGAGACCACGCUGAAGGUCACGGCCUCGGCCAACCCGGUGUACCCCAGCGACCAGACCACAGAGGAAAAGCAGUCCACGGACUCAGGCGCCUACUCCAUUGGCCACUAG